AUGUUGUGUAUAAGCAAACUUAGGUCAAUAGCUAUUAAUGCUGUUCAACAGGCUUGUGUCGCAUGUUUGGACAUUCAGCACAAUCUGGUCAACGAAGAGACGAUCAGCAAGAAGGAUCAGUCACCAGUGACAGUGGGCGAUUAUACAGUGCAAGCACUUGUGAUUGAUAUGUUGUUGCGUGGUGCCACAGAGCAUGGCGAGCUCGAAGAGUACUCGAUCGUUGCCGAAGAGGACGCAGACACGCUGUCACAACAGCCAGAUGUGCAGAGCAAGGUGCUAUCAUACUAUAACAAGUACGCCGACACUCCUAUCAAUGGAGAGCGACUAGCCACACUACUUGACAAGGGCAAGGCCAAGAAGCCUACAACAAAGCGUUGGUGGACGCUUGACCCCAUCGACGGCACACUCGGCUUCCUCCGUCGCGACCAAUAUGCCAUCGCCCUGGCACUCAUGGAGGACAAUGUGCCCAUACUCGGUGUGUUGGGUUGCCCUUCCCUGCCCAUAUCAAAGGGCUCAAUCGAGAGAGGAUGCAUCUUUGUUGCAUCAAAGGGUGCUGGGUCAUUCAUGCGUACACUACAAGAUGUCAACGAGGUGUCGGUCAAGGUAUCACAACAAUCAGACACAUCAAAGGCCGUCUUCACCGAGAGCUUCGUAUCGCGUGGCUUUGGACAUGAGUUGAACUCAAAGAUAUCAAACAACCUUGGCGUCAAGAGUGAGCCACUCAAGAUCGACAGUCAAUGCAAAUAUGCAAUGGUGGCAAGAGGAGACAGUGACAUCUAUCUACGACUCACUCAGCUGGACUACAAAGAAUGUAUAUGGGAUCAUGCUGCUGGUGCUAUCAUUGUAGAAGAGGCUGGUGGCAUUGUCCGCGACUUCCGCGGCAACAAAUUAGACUACUCAGUUGGCAGGAAGUUGGACAACAACAUUGGCAUCGUCUGCUCCAACAACAUACUCUACACUCCCCUUACAAAUGCGAUCAAAGAAUCCAUUCAAUUGGAUUGA